GCGCUCGCCGCUCCGCCUCUCCUCCCUCUUCCUCGCCUCCAAAGUCGCCCCUCCGGGUUGCCAUUCUUUCGCCUGCCGCGCCGGAGUUCUUCGUUGCUCGGCGUCGCGGGGCGGCGGGCCAGCCCCACAGCCGCAGCCCAGCCCGCCCAGGCGCCCCCGCGCCCGCCCGCCCGCCCCAGGGAGCCGGGCCGCGGCGGAGGACACUUCUCCCGGGCGCGGCGGGAGGCGCCCCGGGCCGGGGCCGCCCCCCUCGCCCGCCCUGCCCCGCCCCGCCCGCCCGCCCGAGAGCCGCGGAGAUGCGGCGCGGCGCCCCCCGGCCGGCCCCGCUGCCGCUGCCGCUCCGCCUCCGGGGCUCUGCGCGCCGGGCAAACUUGGCCGCUCGAGCCAGCGGCUGCUCCCCAGCCCGGGAGCUGUGAAACUUUGCUGACCGCCGGCCUCGCUCGCUCGCUCGCUCGCUCGCGCCCGCCGCCGCCGCCGCCCCGGCGCGGGAGUCGCUGCUCCGUGGCUGCUCCGUGGCUGCUCCGUGGCAUCCGCCUGCGCGCCUGUCGGGGGAGGACAACAAAGGAGCGCGCCGGAGUCGCGGCGGCCCGGCCGGCAGCCAUGGCCCCGGGCAGCGCCUGGCUGGGAUUUUACGCGGGGCUGCUCUUCUCCUGGCUGGAGCUCUGGUUCGUCGAGGGCCUCAGCCUGGAGCCCAUCUACUGGAACACCUCCAACAAAAAGUUCCAGAACGAGGGUGGCUACGUCUUGUACCCCCAGAUCGGCGACCGCCUGGACCUCAUCUGCCCACGCUCGGUGCCUCUGGGCCCCUUCUCCACGGAGGACUAUGAGUAUUACAAGCUAUACCUGGUCCAGACAGAGCAGGCGGAGCGCUGUGAGAUCCUUCGCACUCCCAACCUGCUGCUGACCUGCGACCGGCCUGAACUCGACAUGCGCUUCACAAUCAAGUUCCAGGAGUACAGCCCCAACCUCUGGGGUCAUGAGUUCAAGACCAACCAGGAUUAUUACAUCAUCACGACGUCCGAUGGCACAAAGGAAGGGCUGGAGAGCAUGAAAGGUGGUGCCUGCCUCUCCAGAGGCAUGAAAGUCGUCUUGAAAGUCGGCCAGCAUCCCAACACGGGCUCCAAAUCCCAGAAGUCAGUUCCAGACACGCCCGCUGAAAAGGAGCGAGGGACGUCAGGUGCUGCCGAGCCCAGCAAGGAGAUGAACCCAGGACUCCCGACAGGAAACACCACAGGCAAGGUGGGGGGAGAGAACGGGCCCCUGCCUCAGUCCAACGUGCCCAUCAUCGCAGGGGCCGCCGGGGGAGCCGCCUUCGUCCUGCUGGUGGCGGCUGCCGUGACCGGAGCUCUAUGCUAUCGCCGCCGGAGAGCCAAGCACAGCGAAUCGCACCACCCGCCUUUGUCGCUCAGCACCCUGACCAGCCCCAAGAGGGGGGGCGGGGGCGGCGGGGGCAACAACAACGGCUCGGAGCCCAGCGACAUCAUCAUCCCGCUCAGGACUUCAGACAGCGCCUUCUGCCCCCACUACGAGAAGGUGAGUGGGGACUACGGCCACCCUGUCUACAUCGUCCAGGAGAUGCCCCCGCAGAGCCCGGCCAACAUCUACUACAAAGUAUGAGAGGGAGGGGCAGCCAAGUGCCCUCUGCUUGCACCUCCAACCCCAGAGCGGGGAGGGGAGAACUCAGCACAGCUCGGGUGGACGGGACGAGCCACCCCGCCUCCCUUCCCCCCUAGCCCCGGACGCUGCACAGCGGGGGUCAACGCCUGAGCCGUCCUCCGGCAGUUGGGGUUACUGGGACAUGGAUCCUUUUCUCCCAGUGAUCUUCCCCUUUCAGUGGAUUCUGGCCUGGCUAGGAUUGACAGAUCAAGGGAUAUGACCUCCCCCUUCCUGUCCGACCUCACCCCGUUCCUCUCUCCCUCUGCCUGCAAAAGGGCUGAGCCCCUCCUGUGCCUCUGCCCCUCACCCCAAGUCAACUGAUUCCACUGUGGAAUCUGGUGUGGGUGAGGUUAAGGGGGUGCUGCAGCACCCCUUUUCUGGCUUCAGGCCUCAUAGUGGAAAGCGUUCCUCAGUGGGGAGGUCACACUCCAUUUCACCGAAGGGUUAGUUACCCAUUCACCCAAGUAGGUCACAAUGAAUUUGGGAACAAACAUUCUCAAGCAUUCCUUCAGACAGCAAUUUCUUCAGUACUUCCCAUGCACAAAUUCAUAUUUAUUUUCCUGUAAUCCAUUUUUUAAAAAAAAAAUAACAUGUAUGAGACAAUGCUGUGGGAGAUAGAGAUUUUAGGGAGAAAGACACAAGAUGGAAAAGGUUGCAUUUGCAAACUUACUACUGAACUGAUUCCAUUAUUGCCUUAAAAAAUCUAUCGAGAUUUACCUUUCUCCCCCGUAAAGUGCCCCUCAAAACAGACGUUUCAAAUAUGCCGUUUUGAAAUUUAGGAUUCAGAUUUCGAAAUGGUGCGUGACUUUCAAGCGGUGCGAAGGUUAGCUCCGGUUCUGCAACCCCAGCCCACCCACCUCCACCCCCACCCCGCUCCUUUUCUUACCGGCUUUGUCAGCCUCUGGCACGGAGAGCAUUCAAGAGACUCUCCUUUGGUACCCCCAGACGACAAGAGCAUCAGACCCUUCCACCAUUUCGAGUCCCUCAGGAAAGGGGUCAUGGAGACAAAGUCGGCCCGCCACACAAACAGGCUCCAAAACUUGGCUUAAAACCUUGAGCACCUGCCCCCCUCCGCUGACACAGAUGCUCAAGGGCAUCUGUCUUGUGCUUUCUGCGCCCCAAACCCUAACCAUGUGCUCCCUGGGUGGACAGAGGUUGAUUUGGAUAUCAGAUGAAGGAGUCCGUUUCUCUACCAAUGUUUGGAUCAGGGAGACUCGACUAACAGCACAAACCCUGGAUUGGAUAUUGGAAGAGGAUUGAGUGCAUAUUUAUCCAGCACCAGCCAUUUUGGAAGCCUUUUCUUGUUUGGUUGGUUGACAAAAGCAUCAGAAGCAAAAUGGCUGCCUUCCCCAGGCAGACCGAGGCAAGAAUCUGACGGGGAUUUCUCCAAGGAGUGUUGGGUUUUGUCAUCCAGUUUGGGGAGAAGAGAACAUUGAAUGGACUCAAUUCCCAAAUGGCCACAUCUGGUGGAUUUUCUGAAGCAGCGUUAUCGUGUGUGAAGUUUGUGAAACUCGAAAGAGGCAGGACUUCAUGUAUUAGACUGGCUAUGUGGCUGGGCUUUCCUGUUUUUGGCAGGGAAACAACAAAACAAAAAAAGAGAAAAAAAUGUGGUCUUUUUCAGCUUUAACAGAGUUUUUGUUUGGUUUUUUUUGAUGGGAGAGUUUCUUAGCUUUGUUGGUGGAAUUUUACUGUUGAAUCAUGUUGAUUAUAGAAGUUCUUGUGCA